GACUUACUGUUUCACUGACCAGCUCUCAGUCUUGUGUUUCUAUUUAUAAACAAGAGGAGGUAAUAUGUGAUAGAAUGAGAUAGAAAAAUAACAGCUUUAUUAAACACUCUAGAUGUGCUUUCCUCAGGUCUGACUGGCACAACCAAACAUUGUGCUCUUAAAAAAUGAUUUCUCUUUGAGGCUACCUAACACUGCACAUGCGUGCUCUAGCCUGGCUGGAUUGUGCUAUUUUGACCAAUGGAUGAAACCACCAAAGAAUUCUUAAGACUGUGGCAAGGAAUGUGGCUGCAUUUCUGAAACAUUUGGAGUGAAUGAAGCCCAACGCCGAUCCACGUAGCACAUUAUAAUGUGAUAGCAGCCCAUACAGAACCUUGAUUUAUUCUUUCAAAGAAGGCAGAUAGCAUGAUGCACUUGGAAGAUUCUUGGUCCUCUCUGCCCAUUACACUCUUAACAUUUCUGAUUUUGAAACCAUCAGAAUCAAUCUAUUUAGCUGACUUCAAGCCAAAUAUUGUUAUUUUGCUAGCAGAUGAUCUUGGUAUUGGAGACAUAGGAUGCUAUGGUAAUAAUACAAUGAGGACACCAAAUAUUGACAGCCUUGCACAUGAAGGGGUGAAACUUACUCAGCACCUAGCAGCAGCUUCUGUUUGUACCCCAAGCAGAGCUGCUUUAUUAACUGGAAGAUACCCUAUUCGAUCAGGCAUGGUUUCUGAUAAUGGCUAUCGUGUUCUUCAAUGGACCGCAGCAUCUGGAGGGCUCCCUUCCAAUGAAACAACUUUUGCAAAGAUACUACAAAAAGAAGGCUAUGCUACUGGACUAAUAGGAAAAUGGCACCUGGGACUCAACUGUGAAUCCAGCAUUGAUCACUGUCAUCAUCCAUUGAACCAUGGUUUUGACUUUUUUUAUGGAAUGCCAUUUUCCCUAAUGAGUGAUUGUGAAUACUCAGUGCUCUCUGAGAGGCGUGCAAGACUGGAGAUCAGACUUUACUUUUACAUUCAGAUUAUAGUUCUAGCUACAUUCACAUUUACCAUUGGUAGGUUCACUGGUAUAUUGUCAGUUCCAUGGAAGAUAAUAAUAACCAUUGCCAUCAUCGGUUUUCUAGUUUUCCUGAUAUGGUACUUCCUUUAUAUCUUAAUUAAACAUGGAGAUUGUUUUCUGAUGCAAAACCAUACUAUUACUGAACAACCAAUGAUCAUCAAAAGAACUGCUUCCCUAAUAGUGAAAGAAGCAGUUUCAUUUAUUGAAAGGAACAAGGAUGGGCCUUUCCUCCUCCUCAUUUCCUUCUUACAUGUACACACACCACUUGUAACUACAGAAAAAUUUCUUCAAAGUAGCAAACAUGGAUUAUAUGGGGAUAAUGUACAGGAGAUGGACUGGAUGGUAGGUGAGGUUCUUGAGACUUUGGACAAUCAAGGUCUGACCAAAAGUACCCUGGUUUAUUUUGCUUCUGAUAAUGGUGGGUCUUUAGAGUCUCAAAUAGGAAAUGAGCAGCAUGGUGGCUGGAAUGGAAUAUACAAAGGAGGCAAAGGCAUGGGAGCCUGGGAUGGUGGAAUCAGGGUACCAGGGAUAUUCCGGUGGCCUGGAGUCUUACCUGCAGGUCAUGUGAUUGAUGACCCUACAAGCAUGAUGGAUAUCUACCCAACAGUGGCUCGUUUGGGAGGAGGAAAAGUGCCCAGAGAUAGAAUGAUUGAUGGUAAAGACUUAAUGCCUCUGCUUUGGGGAGAAAUUGAUCAAUCAGAUCAUGAGUUCAUGUUUCAUUAUUGUGAAUCAUAUCUGCAUGCAGUCCGAUGGCAUCAAAAGGACAGUGGUACAGUAUGGAAAGUACAUUAUGUGACCCCAAUAUUCCACCCAGAGGGUUCUGGUGCCUGCUAUGGGAGAGGAGUUUGCCCAUGUUUUGGGGAUGGUGUAAUUCACCAUGACCCACCUUUGCUAUUUGAUCUCUCAAAGGAUCCUUCAGAGACUAACCCCCUUUCCGCUGACACUGAGCCCCUAUUUAGUUUAGUAAUUGCAAGAGUAGAACAUGCUAUACAAGAUCAUCGAAGUACACUAACACCAGUUCCACAGCAGCUUAAUACUUUUAAUAACAUUUGGAAACCAUGGCUUCAGCCAUGUUGUGGCACAUUCCCAUUGUGUUGGUGUAAUUGGGAAGAUGGCCACAAAUAAGAGAAUUUUAGUAUUCUAAAGGUGACAGAAGUCACUUCAUAUCUUCACUUGAAGUACUUAUGGAGAACUGCUGCAAAAUCACCAACAAUACAAUAGAAUUUGUCAUGCAAAAUAAAAUGCACUAUGUUUAAAAUAUUCACAAAGUUAUUUGUACUACAAAACUUGUAACAUUGCAAAGCACCAAAUCUCAUGGGAUAAAUAACCUGUAAAGAAACAACAUAAAACAACUUAUCCUUACACCCAACCAGUACCAAUGUAGUCUAGGAAAGAAUUCAAGAUAAGUGACUUUUAGUGUCUAGAUGGAUCCUAAAUCCUUUAAGAGAUAAUUGAUUAGGGGUAGCUAGGUAACAUAGAGGAUAAAGGACUAGACCUGAAGUUGGGAGGACCAAGGUUCAAAUUUGUUCUCAGAUACUUUCUAGUUGUGUAACCUGAGGCAAGUCACUUAACCCCAGUUUUCUAGCCUUUAGUGCUCUUCUGCCUUAGAAUCUAUACUAAGAAGGUAAGGGUUUAAAAAAUAAGAAAUAAUUGAGUUUCUCUAUCUGUUACAGAAAGUGUUCAGUGUUUAUACUAGUCCACACUCUCUAUUAAUUAUUUCCUAUUCUUCCUCUGUUUAUCUUCUUCGUACGUAAGUGUAAUAAAUUAUGUGGCAUUCAUGUGUUGCUAGUACUCCUCUGUACUAGUACUCCACCCACAGGUUAGAUGCAAUCUUGGGUUCUCAAGGAUUAUGCCAGAGAUAUAAAACCUGAUAGGUCAUAUGUAGCUAGAAAGACUUUGCAUAUGGGUCCAGUAGUGAAAUAAAUGUGCGUAGGUUUGAGGAAGAAAUGAGUACAAGUGUCAAUAUGUAGAGUUCAAGGUGCCAGUGAGGCACCCCUAUAGAGGUAUAUGGAAGGUAAUAAAAAAUUCAUGUCUAAACUCUUAAUAAAAAAA